GGCCCGCCGCGGGUUAAGCGCCGCCCGCGCCCAGAAGGCUGCGCCCCGAGCCGAGCUCGCAUUCGGAUCCGCUAGAGCAGGAAGAUGGCGACAGACGGCGCGAGCUGCGAGCCCGACUUCUCCCGCGCCCCGGAGGACGCGGCGGGGGCCACGGCGGAGCCGGCGAAAAAAGAGUUUGACGUGGACACCCUCAGUAAAUCAGAGCUUCGGAUGCUCCUCAGUGUGAUGGAAGGGGAGCUGGAAGCCAGAGACCUAGUCAUUGAGGCCCUUCGGGCUCGCAGGAAGGAGGUGUUUAUCCAGGAACGGUAUGGGAGAUUUAAUUUAAAUGACCCAUUCUUGGCACUGCAGAGAGACUAUGAAGCAGGUGCCAGCGAUAAAGAGAAGAAGCCAGUUUGCACCAACCCCCUUUCCAUCCUUGAAGCAGUCAUGGCCCACUGCAGAAAAAUGCAAGAAAGGAUGUCCACACAGCUGGCUGCUGCUGAGAGCCGACAAAAGAAGCUGGAGAUGGAAAAGCUUCAGCUCCAAGCCCUGGAGCAGGAACACAAAAAGCUGACCGCCCGCCUAGAGGAGGAGCGCAGCAAGAACAAGCACGUGGUCCUGAUGCUGGUCAAGGAAUGCAAACAGCUCUCGGGCAAAGUCAUAGAAGAGGCCCAGAAGCUCGAAGAAGUAAUGGCCAAACUCGAAGAGGAAAAGAAGAAGACCAGUGCAUUAGAAGAGGAACUCUCUGCCGAGAAGCAAAGAAGCACAGACAUGGAAGCUCAGAUGGAGAAACAACUCUCUGAGUUUGACACCGAACGGGAACAGCUUCGUGCCAAGCUGCACCGAGAAGAAGCACAUACCACUGACCUCAAAGAGGAGAUAGACAAGAUGAAGAAAAUGAUUGAGCAACUGAAAAGAGGAAAUGACAGCAAACCAAGCCUGUCUCUCCCCCGGAAGACAAAAGAUAGGCGUUUGGUCUCCAUAUCAGUGGGAACAGAAGGACCUAUGACCAAGUCUGUUGCUUGCCAGACAGACCUAGUGAUAGAAAGCACUGACCCUGGGAAGAAGUCGCCUUUGACGGUGCCUCUAAAGCCUUCCACAGGCAGCCCCCUAGUUCCUACAAAUGCAAAAGGGAACGUGUGCCCCAAUGCCACAUUGGUGAGACCAGGUAUUGACAGGCAGGCUUCCCACAGUGACUUGACGGGCUCUACCCCGCCCGCCGUUCCACCUCCAAGUGCACACAAAGUUGAGGAAAACGGACCGAGCCCUGGCUCAACAGCAGAUGUAACAAGCAGCACACCACCCCUUCCUAGUAACGCCGCCCCUCCUGCCACGCAAACGCCAGGCACAGCUCCCCAGACCUACUCACAAGCUCCACCUGUGCACAGUUUACAAUCACCGUGUGCCAAUGCAGCUCUGCAUCCAGGUCUAAACCCACGCAUCCAAGCAGCAAGAUUUAGGUUUCAGGGCAAUGCUAAUAAUGACCCAGACCAAAAUGGAAAUACCACCCAAAGUCCUCCAUCAAGAGAUGUCUCCCCUACAAGUCGUGACAACCUAGUGGCCAAACAACUAGCUCGGAAUACCGUGACCCAAGCACUGUCAAGAUUUACAGGCCCUCAAGCAGGAGCAUCCCCAAGGCCUGGAGCGUCCCCCACGGGGGACGUUGGCCCCUACCCUCCUGUGGGUCGGACCAGUUUAAAGACUCCUGGUGUAACACGAGUUGACAGAGGAAACCCGCCUCCUAUCCCUCCAAAAAAGCCAGGGCUCUCCCAAACUCCUUCUCCCCCACACCCCCAACUCAAAGUUAUUAUGGAUAGCAGCAGGGCCUCCAGCGCAGGGGCCAAAGUUGAUAACAAAACUGUAGCUUCGCCUCCUUCCAAUUUGCCACAAGGGAACAGGGUAAUAAAUGAGGAGAAUCUCCCUAAAUCAUCUUCCCCUCAGCUGCCACCAAAACCAUCCAUAGAUUUAACUGUGGCACCUGCAGGCUGUGCCGUUUCAGCCCUGGCCACGUCUCAGGUGGGUGCCUGGCCUGCUGAAACCCCUGGACUGAACCAAUCUGCAUGUUCAGAAAGUUCCCUUGUCAUUCCCACCGCCAUUGCCUUUUGCUCUUCCAUAAGUCCUGUUAGUGCCUCAUCCUGUAGAACAGGUGCCUCAGACAGCCUCCUGGUAACAGCAUCAGGCUGGUCACCCUCCCUAACCCCUUUGCUAAUGAGUGGUGGUCCUGCCCCCCUGGCUGGCAGGCCCACCCUUCUUCAGCAAGCUGCUGCCCAGGGAAAUGUCACUUUAUUAUCAAUGCUGCUUAAUGAAGAAGGACUGGACAUUAAUUACUCCUGUGAAGAUGGCCAUUCUGCCUUGUAUUCUGCUGCUAAGAAUGGACAUACAGACUGUGUGAGAUUGCUGCUGAACGCAGAAGCCCAAGUCAAUGCUGCUGAUAAAAAUGGCUUCACGCCCUUGUGUGCUGCAGCUGCUCAGGGACAUUUCAAGUGUGUAGAAUUAUUAAUUGCAUUUGACGCUAACAUUAAUCAUGCUGCUGAUGGAGGACAGACACCUCUAUACCUGGCCUGUAAAAAUGGAAAUAAAGAAUGCAUUAAAAUCUUGCUAGAAUCUGGAACUGACCGAAGUGUAAAAACCAGAGAUGGCUGGACACCAGUUCAUGCAGCUGUGGACACUGGCAAUGUGGAGAGUCUCAAGCUUCUUCUAUACCAUAGAGCACCAGCUCGUGCAAACCCUUUGAAUGCAGGGGAACUCGAGCCAGGCGUCUUUGACUUGGAUCAAGAAGAGAGUUCUGAAAUCACGUCUGAGCCUGUCAUUCCCGCAGACCUCAUUAACCACGCCAAUAGAGAGGGCUGGACUGCUGCCCACAUUGCUGCUUCAAAAGGCUUUAAGGACUGCCUAGAAAUCUUGUGUAGGCACGGAGGGCUGGAGCCGGAGAAAAGAGAUAAGUGCCAUCGGACUGCUCAUGAUGUGGCGACUGAUGACUGCAAGCAUUUGCUGGAGAACCUACAUGCUCUUAAAGUACCCUUAAGGAUUUCAGUGGAUGAGAUUCAACCAGGCCAUUAUGGGUCUGAUGACUUUGAAUGCGAAAACACAAUAUGCGUUUUAAAUAUCCGCAAACAGACAUCAUGGGAUGAUUUUUCAAAAGCAGUGAGUCAAGCUCUGACAAAUCACUUCCAAGCAAUCUCUUCUGAUGGAUGGUGGCGUCUGGAAGACGUGACGUUUAAUAACACCACUGACUCCAGCAUCGGCCUCAGUGCAAGCAGCGUGCGAUCCAUCACGCUAGGAAAUGUGCCAUGGUCAGUAGGUCAAAGCUUCACCCUAUCCCCGUGGGACUUUAUGAGGAAAAAUAAAGCAGAGCACGUCACUGUGUUUUUGUCAGGACCUCAAGAAGGCUGCCUCAGUAGCGUGACUUAUGCAUCGAUGAUCCCUCUUCAGAUGCUGCAGAACUACCUCAGGCUGGUUGAACAAUAUCAUAAUGUCAUUUUCCAUGGCCCAGAAGGAAGCCUGCAAGACUACAUAGCACAUCAGCUUGCACACUGCAUGAAGCACAGACAGAUGGCUGCAGGGUUCCCCUGUGAGAUAGUGAGAGCCGAAGUGGAUGCUGCUUUCUCCAAGGAACAGCUAGUAGACUUGUUCAUCACUAGCGCCUGUCUGAUCCCAGUGAAACAGUCUCCUGUCAACAAGAAAAUCAUCGUCAUCUUAGAGAAUUUGGAAAAAUCUUCAUUGUCUGAGUUACUGGGAGACUUUCUGGCACCUCUGGAAAAUCGCAGCACUGAGAGCCCCUAUAUUUUUCAAAAAGGAAAUGGAGCAUCCGAAUGUUAUUACUUUCACGAGAACUGCUUUCUGAUGGGAACCAUCGCCAAGGCCUGUCUGCAGGGCUCCGACCUGCUGGUGCAGCAGCAUUUCCGCUGGGUCCAGCUGCGCUGGGACGGCGAGCCCAUGCGCGGACUGCUGCAGCGUUUCCUACGGAGGCAGGUCGUGAAUAAGCUGAGAGGUCAGCUGCCUUCUCCCUGCGACCCUGUGUGCCAGACAGUCGACUGGGCCCUGGCCGUCUGGCACCAGCUCAAUGCCUGCCUGGCCCGCUUGGGCACACCUGAAGCACUGCUCGGGCCAAAGUAUUUCCUGUCCUGUCCUGUUGUCCCAGGCCACGCCCAUGCAACUGUGAAGUGGAUGUCUCAGCUGUGGAAUGCGGUCAUUGCACCCCGAGUUCAAGAAGCAAUAUUGUCAAGAGCCUCUGUGAAAAGACAGUCUGGCUUCGCGCAAACAGUUGUUAAAAAACACCCUAGCCAAGGACAGCAGGCUGUGGUGAAAGCUGCGCUCAGCAUCUUGCUUAAUAAAGCUGUUCUGCAUGACUGUCCCCUCCAGAGAGCAGAACUAGACCAGCAUACAGUUGAGUUCAAAGGAGGAAGUUUCCCUCUGUCCAUAGUUUCAAGUUACAACAGCUGUAGCAAGAAGAAAGCAGACCCUGGUGCCUGGAGGAAGGUGAGCACCAGUCCUCGCAAGAAGUCUGGCCGUUUCUCUUCCCCUAUCUGGAUCAAGCCGGACCUGAGCCAGGAAGGUAUGAAAAAUAAGACCAUACCACAAUCGAACUGUAACAAGAAUACCUCUCUGUCAAAACAAAAAUCUUUAGAGACCGACCUAUCACUGAGCUUGAAUUUGGAUCAGAGAUUCUCUCUGGGUUCGGAUGAUGAAACAGACCUUGUCAAGGAACUUCAGAGUAUGUGCUCCAGCAAAUCUGAAUCUGAUAUAAGCAAGAUUGCUGAUUCCAGGGAUGAUUUAAGAAGGUUUGACAGUUCAGGAAACAACCCUGCAUUUUCAGCAACUGUUAAUAAUUCAAGAAUGCCAGUGUCACAAAAAGAGGUGAGUCCUCUCAGCAGCCAACAAACUACCAACGAGUGCAGCAACAAUAAAUCAAAGACUGAGUUGGGUAUUUCAAGAGUUAAAUCUUUUCUUCCUGUUCCUAGAAGUAAAGUCAUCCAGUGUUCCCAGAACACCAAAAGAAGCAGCAGCAGCAGUAAUACAAGGCAAAUCGAAUUAAACAACAACUCAAAAGAAGAGAUUUGGAACUUACGCAAAAAUGAAGUAGAAAAACCUCACAAAUAGGCCUGCCUACAAUAUUCUCAUUCUUAACAAGUUCUGUAUAUUUCACACAAAAACCAACAAGAUGUACAUACCUUGAAACAAAUUGUUUUCACUGUAUUAUAAAGUAUGAGUGCGGGACCACUAUUCAAUUUUUUGUAAAGAAUGUAUUUAUAAACCAACAUUUUGUUGCUUUUUUUCCAAUUCUGUAGGAUUGAAUUUCAAAAUCAAGAAGUUAUGCUUACUUUUCAAGUAGUUUUAUAAUAGAAAACUUGUAAUAGUUUUAAUCAACAUGUUCAGGGGUAUUAAAACAAUUGUGUGUACUGUAUAUCUAUAGCUAUAUAUGUACAUAUGUAUAUUUAAAGUCCAUGAAUCAAACUGCAUUAUGUUACAAAAUCUGUACAACAUUGGCUAAAAUAUGUACCAUUUUAAAUUGAAAUCAUAAUUUUAUGUUCACAUGAAUAACUAGAAUGGGGCAAUAACAAGUCACUUCUAAAUAGUUACCUUAGUUUCCAUAAAAGCCAUAUUAAGUAUUUUGCCUGUUAAAUUCUAGUUUUUACAUUUUAAAAUCUUUUAAUGUUUAACAUUGCUAAUUGGUUGCGUCACAUUUAUUUAUGCUUAUGAAUUUGCAUUAUGAGUUGUAAAAUAUGAAAUUAUAUAAUGCAAUAAAAGUGUUUAUCUUUCUUACAAAAGUUUUGUACCUAAGUGGCUAUAAAAAAUAACUGCAUAUAUGCUUCAAUAAAUUCAUUAAUGCCUUCCAUUUAAGUCUAGUAGCACAACUAAUAAAAUUGGUAACAGAAGUGUUUCUAAAAUUAAUGAAAUUACUUAUACAACUCAAAUAAGAUGCUUUCACACCAAAUAAAAUACUGAAUUAAUGAAAA